ACCACAGUCCAGGAUGAAGACUCAUCUCCUCUCUUUGGAGUUACUCCUCUUGGGGGUUCUCUUCCUCGUGACCAACGGACAGCAGCUGGAACCAAAGCAACAAGCACCCCAGGACUGUCUUACUGUCACCCAGAGACUUGGGCUGGUUGAGAGGGAUGUGCAGGGUCCAGUGAGGCCCAACAUGACCAUGCCGCGCCGCCGACUACCGCCCAUGUGCACCGGACCCACAGAAAUCCGUGACACCUUCAAGUACAUCAACACAGUGGUGUCCUGCCUGGUGUUUGUCGUCGGAAUAAUCGGAAAUUCCACUUUGUUGAGGAUCAUCUAUAAGAAUAAGUGCAUGCGUAACGGUCCGAACAUCCUGAUCGCCAGCCUGGCGCUCGGAGACCUUCUGCACAUCAUUAUUGGCAUUCCCAUUAAUGUUUACAAGCUCCUGGCAGAGGACUGGCCCUUCGGGGUGACUCUGUGUAAACUGGUGCCAUUUGUCCAAAAAGCCUCAGUGGGGAUCACAGUGCUGAGUCUGUGCGCUUUGAGUAUUGAUAGGUAUCGUGCUGUGGCCUCGUGGAGCCGAAUCAAAGGGAUUGGAGUUCCAAAGUGGAUGGCUAUUGAGAUAGCGCUCAUCUGGAUAUUAUCCAUCAUCCUGGCUGUGCCAGAGGCAAUAGCCUUUGACAUGAUCACCAUGGACUACAAAGGAGAAGACUUAAGGAUCUGUUUGCUGCACCCCAUGCAGAAAACAGACUUUAUGAGGUUUUAUAAAUCAGCCAAGGACUGGUGGCUGUUCAGCGCAUAUUUCUGCCUGCCGUUGGCUUGCACUGCUAUUUUCUACACACUGAUGACCUGCGAGAUGCUAAGGAAGAAGAACGGAGUCCAUAUCGCCCUCAGUGACCAUCUGAAGCAGCGGAGGGAGGUGGCUAAGACAGUGUUCUGUCUGGUUCUGGUUUUCGCUCUGUGCUGGCUGCCACUCCACCUCAGCCGUAUCCUGAAACUCACCAUCUAUGACGAGAAGGAUCCAAACCGCUGUGAACUGCUCAGUUUCUUUUUGGUGUUGGACUACAUCGGCAUCAACAUGGCAUCAGUCAACUCCUGCAUCAACCCCAUUGCCCUGUACAUGGUCAGCAAGCGCUUCAAGAGCUGCUUCAGGUCCUGCCUGUGCUGCUGGUGCCUACCGGCCGAGAUGCUGAUGGAUGAGAAACAGUCAUGCAUGAAGCUGAAAGUCACAGAACGAGCCUCUGACCAGAGCAACUCCCGCAUGACCAACAAGUCCACCACUGCCUGAUGA